UAUUAUAGCUGAAAUUUUCUGUGUAAAAAGUUUGAUUGUCUAUAGACAUAUACGCAAGUCUUCGUUGGAUUUACGUACUCCCGCCUUUUUGGUCUUGAUCAUAGUUUUCUUUCUUCUUGACCAAACUACGGCGACUAACGGAUUACAGACUACAUUUUUACACUAUUGAGAGUAAAAAAUGGAUGGUCCAAACCCUGAAGAGGAAAUCGAAGAAUUCGAUCCUAACGAUUAUCAAUCAUUUGAUUUAAUUAUUGACCAUAACUCUGAAAAGGAUGAUAACAUCAAAUUUUACCUAAAUGAGAAUCAGUUAUUUGACAAUGAAUCGUUCAAACAAAAUAUUUUACUCGAUGCUACAGAUGAUGAAAAAGACACUAAUAAUAAUGCAGAUUUAUAUACGUCAGACUUUGAGGAACUAGACUCCGAAAGUAUUAUUGGUUCAGCGUACUAUGAAAAAAUAAAUGAUGAUAAUGAUAAAACAGUAGUUGAAAAUACUUUCAUCGUUGGUGAGUACAUCUAUAAUAUAGAAAAUAUAAUAAGGUAUAAGGCAUGA